AUGCGAAACUACAAAUUCACCGGUCCUCUCCGACCCGUUUACCCCCUUUCGAAGAAGCGGGAAGUGCCUGCUCAUAUCCCUCGACCAGACUAUGCCGACCACCCCCAGGGAAUGUCACUUAGCGAGGCUGUCAGGGAAAGAACUGCCAAGAUUUUGACCAAGGAGGAACAAGAUGGUGUUCGUAAAGUCUGCCGCCUUGCCCGAGAGGUCCUCGACAUUGUCGCCGCUGCCGUCAAGCCGGGAGUGACGACCGACGAACUCGACGCUAUCUGCCAUGCCGCCUGUAUCGAACGUGAUUCCUACCCCUCGCCGCUCAACUAUGUCAAGUUCCCCAAGAGCAUAUGUACGAGUGUGAAUGAGGUCAUCUGCCAUGGUAUCCCGGAUCAGAGGCCGUUAGUGGAAGGAGACAUCGUCAACCUGGAUGUCACUCUCUUCCAUGGAGGCUACCACGGUGAUCUCAACGCUACCUAUCCCGUGGGCAAAUGUGACUCUGAAUCACUCGACCUCAUCGCCACUACCAAAGCUGCCACUGAAGCUGCCAUCGCCAUCUGCAAACCCGGCGUACCCUACCGCGAGAUCGGCAACAAGAUCGAAGAGAUCAUCAAGCCCAAGGGUUAUGGUAUCGUCCGCCGAUACACUGGCCAUGGAAUCAAUCAGUUGUUCCACUGCCUACCUACGAUCGUGCAUUACGGGGGUUCAAAGACACCCGGUAGGAUGGAAGCUGGUCAGGUGUUUACGAUAGAGCCUAUGGUCAACUUGGGAAGCGCGAACCUGGAGCAUUGGAACGAUGACUGGACGGCGGUCACUGUGGAUGGUAGGAGGUCGGCGCAGUUUGAAGAGACCAUCUUGAUCACCGAGACGGGCGCCGAGAUCCUUACUAGAAUUCCCGCUUCUUCGUCUUCCAAAAAGAACAAGAAGAAGAAGAAGAACGCUUCCGCUGCUGCCAAUGGCACUGCCACUCCUGACAGCUCAGCGACUCCCGAAGUGGGCACGCCUGCGUCCGAAGUAGCAAAGGGCCUCAACGGGCUCGAGGUUGAGGCUUCUUCAUAG